AUGCCCGAGGAAGUUUUAGAAAAGCAAAUGGAGACAUGGUCUCCAGAUGAAUACGAACACUUCAAAAAGCCAAUAAUUGAGAAAUCAACCACCAUCACACGUGUUUGGUGGGACAACUCUACAAGUAACCUCUUUUGUCAUGCUAAGGAAUGCAAUGCAAAGGUUGCACCUGAAGGCGAACGCAUUACGGACUUUGCCCACAGCUCGAUAUACUCAAAGGCAUGGCUUUGCUAUCUCCUCGCCAUCGAGUUCCUUGAGAUUGUGCACAUGCUGUAUGCAAAGGCCGAGGUUCUCCAUCCGAUGACGGUGUCCCAAGAUGUUCAAGAGAUCUUUGGUAUCGCACAAAAGCAUCUCGCCGAUCAUCUGCAGGUAUGUUACUGCAAUCAACCUAUUUAUCUGCCGGGGAAAAUUGAGGUUUUUAUCCUUGAUUUCAUUAAGCUUACACAAGGACAUACUGGUAUAUAUUUGGUGGAGCAGCUUAUGGGUUGCCUUAAAGAGUUUGGUAUCGAAAAGAAGAUCCUGGGCAUCACAGCAGACAACACCACCAAUAACAAUAUCAUGGCAGCUGAGCUCAAAUUGCUUGGCAGUGCUAAUGGUGUUAGCACUUGA